AGCUUUGCUCGAAUUGCCGGGGAGAAUGAGGGCUAUAUUUUGCGGCAAUCUUGAUUACGACGCGCGCCAGUCUGAUGUAGAGCGUCUUUUUAGAAGAUAUGGGAGGAUUGAUAGGGUGGAUAUGAAGUCUGGAUUACUUGGAAUGUCCAUGCUCUUCUUGGAUGGAUAUGCUCCUCUGCAUUUCUUUUUGUGGCAUGUUUUCAAGCAUCAUCUUCUUCUUGUCUUUUUUCCACAAGAACCAACCUGAUCCACCAUGGAACUAUCUUCCUUCAUUCCCUGAGACACCAUUGCCUUAAUUUCCUCAUGAGUUUUGGUCAAUGUUCUGAUUUUGGAAUCAUUCAGCAUAGAAAUCAUGAUGAUCUCAAAGCCAAUGACAGGCGUCAUAUUACCUCCCAACAGGAUUUGCUUUUGUCUAUAUGGAGGAUGAAAGAGAUGCUGAGGAUGCCAUCCGUAGGCUUGACCAAACAGAAUUUGGGAGAAAAGGACGUCGUCUACGUGUUGAGUGGACUAAGCAAGAACGUGACAGUAAGCCUGCUGGUUCAAGAAGAUCAUCAGCUAAUAUGACUCCAUCAAAAACUUUGUUUGUCAUUAAUUUUGAUCCAAUUCAUACCCGAACUAGGGAUCUGGAGAGGCACUUUGAUCCUUAUGGAAAAAUAUUGAGCACAAGGAUUAGGAGGAAUUUUGCAUUCGUUCAGUAUGAGUUACAGGAAGAUGCUACUAAGGCAUUGGAAGCAACUAAUAUGAGCAAGUUGAUGGACCGGGUCAUUUCAGUGGAAUAUGCUGCUCGAGAUGAUGAUGAAAGAAGGAACGGGUACAGUCCUGAGAGAAGAGGCCGUGACAGAUCUCCUGACAGAAAUUAUAAUCGCGAACGAUCCCCAAGUCCAUAUCGUAGAGAUAGGGGUAGCCCAGACUACGGCCAUGGACAGAAUACAAAUGCCAGACCUCAAAGAGGAAAUCAUACUUAUGAUAAAGCUGAAGGUCCUGAAAAUGAAAGAUACCGCAGCCGUUCCCCGCCAUCUCGGGAAAGGUCACGCUCUUGAGAAAAAGCAGAAGGUUUGAUAGUCUGUUUGUGGACGUCCUUUUCUAUCUUUUGACUAGUCAAUUCAGGUAGCUGGGCUCCUCCGUGAUGUGCAUUUUGUAUCAGCUACUUUCUUUCUUUUUUAAGACAGUGAUUUUGACAUUGAUAUGCUGUUGAUUUGGUUAGCUCUAGAGGCUUCUUGUGUUUUGACAUGGUUUGUGAUGUUUCAUAUUUAAUAAUUUCGUAGAGAUUUUGGUGCGAUCUUUCUCAAGUCACAUUCUUGGUCCUAGUGCGAUUCUGGAUGAGUGCAAAUAAAGCUGGGACUUAGAAUGUUGAAUAGAAGUUGGAGAGCUAUUGCCUGUAAUUGUAACUGUAAUUGUGUACCAUUGUUGUUGUCAUUCCAUCCCUUUUCUUGGAGAAGAACAGUUUCUACUUUCGAGUCGAGAAAUCAUUUGUUUAGGCAAUUGACACUGAAAUCAUUGGGCCUUUGUUCAAUGACAACAGUGAGGAUUACAAAAUGUCAUUAUGGGUUUUGGUGGACA